AUUUCAUAUGUAAGCAAAAAUAAAGUUUUUUUAUUUACUUCACCGACGGAUUUCUCUUAAAAUGUUGUAAAACAGUCCACUUAUUUUACUUUACUUGUAUUGUUUCGUUUUUGUUAAUGUGCUUAAAGUCGUUCAGGUUCGACUGGCGGCGAAAUGCGCACAAACAACUGUUGCGUCAAUAUUUUCGUGUCAAUGUUGUGGAAUUCAAGAAUACUUAUUCCGCUUCUCUCGUGAGAUGAGCACCAUACUUUUACUCGACGGCGCGGCAUAUCACGCAAACUUCCUACCUUAAAGCACCGCCGCGUGCUAUUAUUAGAAGUAGACUGCAGACGACACUCUCCGGAACAUCCUUUCUUUCUUCCUACGUCCGGACUGUCGAAAAUUGUGCAAUUGCUAAUUGCAACCGGACUCAUGAGUUUCCUGAAAAGGGGGAGUUUGGAGUUAAAAUAACUAGGAGAUGCUGCCUGAGCAACUCACAAUUCACACCGCAGCUACCAUGGAGCGAACAUCUCUCAUCUUGUGUCUCAUCGUUCUGAUCACUCCAGUCCUGGUCUCCUGCAGACCGCAAGACUUGGAUCAUCGAGAUGGGAAACAAUACUCUCUCUUUGGCGCCGAUCGCUUCAUUAAGUUCCAAAACGGGGAAGGAGACGACUUAAAGGUUGAUUUUUCAUUCAGUGUGCCAUUCGUGAAGUUGCCUCUGAGAAGAAGACAAGGCGACGGCAAGUCUUCUGUGGACAUUAAUCUGAAGGGAUUGGCGGUGGCUGCCAGUCUCAGCGCCAUAUCUUCCUUCAUGAGCUUCGUCACCUCAAAUUACGACAGCACUCCCUCAUCUGGACUGAAAAUCUACAAGCACUGAUAUUUUCCUGCCAGUUCCAUUUAUAAUGAUAAUUUAUUAAUCAAAAUAUGCGAAAUACCUCUUGUAACAUAGCUACUAAUAUUUAUCGUGCUCAUAUUAAUACAUAGCUGAUGUUUCUAGGAAUUGUUAAUUUAAUGUAAGGUUAUGCUCAUUAAAUUAAAUUAUUUAUUUACAUAA